AUGGCAGGCCCGCCCUCACCUGGCGGCGAAGGUCCGACCUAUGCGCCACCCCCUCUUCCUGCCGGCUGGAUAGCUCAGUGGGAUGCCCAGUCGAAGAAGUACUAUUUCGUGCAGUUGUCAACUGGCACCUCACAAUGGGAGGUGCCGACUGAGCCUGCACCGGUCGGUGGCAUCGAUGAUCCAGCCAAUCCAGCCAAUGGCAUGCCGCAAGCCCCCGCAGAGAUCAUUGUCCACCCUGACGGUUCGCAGACCGCGAGGUAUCCCGACGGUAGGCUUGAGCCUGUCAAUCCUAGGGAAGAUGGGACUACGGGGCCCGUGCCCGCUGGUACUAGGGGGGUUGGGCAUGAUGGUAGCUCGGAUCGGGGCCUGGGGAGCCUGAUCGGCGGCGCACUCAACACAUUUGGCAAUAAGCAAGGCAAAAGCGGCGUUGGGCUGGCAGGUCAGGUCCUGGGCUCUCUUGCUGGCGGCGGCCAUUCUAGCAGCAGCCAUGGCAGCAGUGGCGGCGGCCUUGGAUUGGCUGGUCAGGUGCUCGGCACUCUCGCUGGCGGUAGCCACUCCAGCGGACACAGCAGCGGCAGCGGCGGUCUCGGCGGUAAGCUCGCUGGUCAGCUAGCUUCCAACCUCUUUGGCAAGUCUUCAUCUUCACAUGGGUCCGGGUCUGGUGCGUCGAACCUGCUUGGCGGCCAUGGAUCGGCAAACUUAGUGACCGGUUUGGUUGGAGCCGCUGCUAGUGGACUCUUCGGGGGAGGGAGCAGCAAGCAUCGGGACAACCCCUUCGGCUACACCAAUAAUCCCACGCCGGGAGGUUAUACUGGAACGGCCCCGCCACCCCAGUACCAACCGCCUUCGCAACCUGGAACUCCUAAUAUAGUUCCCUCUUACCAAGGUGGUCAACCAACUACGAGUCAGCCUCACUCCGCGUACGGCCAGUCACCCGCGGGCCAGCAAUACCCCCCAUCCUACAGCGCACCUCCUCAGCACGGCCAGCCCUACGGCCAGCAAAACUACGGCCAGUCCCCUCCUGUCCCAGCCCCAUAUCCCACCUCAACCUCAUAUGGGGCAGCCAGCUCCUACUACAAUAGUGCUCCGGCAAGCGGAUACCCCCCUCAGUCUCAGUAUGGGCAAGGUCGAGGACAGCAAAGGCGAGAGGAAAAAGAAGAGGAAGAGAAGUGGCAACGUCAAGAGGAACAGAAGAAAUGGCUCGAGUCAGAACUGGAGCGAUGGCGGCCUCAAGUUGAGGAAAGGCUAUCUGAGAUUAAAGAACUUCUCGAAUCGGGAAUGGAGGCACUGCGAUGUGAAGUAAACUUGCAUCUGCCUGCAGUUGACCAGCUAAGGCUGGAACUGGGCACGCUGCGGCGCCAUGCGGACGACCAGCUCGCUGCAAUCCGCAGUCAUAUGAAUGACCAGCUCUUUCAGAUCCAGCAACAACAAUGGAUACAACAGACGAAUGCACGAAACAGACUGAAUGGAAUAGACGAACGGCUACUUCAGCUUGAAGAGGAGUUGGGUAAGGAGAAACAGCGGCAAGCACGGGAAGAAAAGGAGAAGCGAUACCGGCAGUGUCGGGAGCGUCUCUCCCAAGCCAGAACACGACAUCUUCAGCAGAUCAAAGAUGCAGAAGAGGGGAAGUUCGACAUCUCGACGCUUCCGGAGCCUUUGCGCCAGCCCUUCCUCAGUUCCUCCCCUUAUUCCUUGCGGGACGCUGCUCCGUCAUCGCAACCUGAUCCCGGGCUGCAUGCCCCUCCUCCGUCUGAGGAUCGCUCUCCCCCUCGUCCUCGGCCACGGCUACGUUCAUGUUCCGGCUCUGGGUCGUCUAAUGUUGGUCCUGAUAAAAAGAAGCCAAGUUGA